AUGAGUGUGAGGAAGAGAAUUGGGAAUUCGGAUUCCGGCGGCGGCUCCAAAGGAAAAUCGAAAUACGAAGCAAAGAAGCCAAAGGUUAUUGUGAUUUCCGCGGAUUUCCAAGAAAAGGUAUUUCAAUUAAUGGAGAGCGACCGAUUCAAGAAGAUUGUUCAAAAUCGAUUAGAAGAUGUUCUGGGCGAACGGAUUGAGCAGUUGGAAAGAGAUUUGGAGGAGAGAUGUCGUAAGCUGAAGAUUUUGGAGGAGGAGUUGAAAGUUCUGGAUGAAAAGGUGAAGUUAUUGAGUGAGGUGAAGGAUUCAGGAGUGAGCGCAAUGAACGGUGGCAGUAAUACGGGAGUGAAGGUCGGAGGAGGUGCGGACCAGGAGAAAUCGGAGGACCCUGGCGAGAUGGAGAGAAGAAGAUCAGUAGUAGUUGCGGGAGUCCCGGAGUAUGGUGGCAAUGAUCGGAUGAGAUGGAGUUGGGAUUACCAUUGUGUUGGGAAAUUGUUCCACUUCCUCGAUAUUGGAUCGCCACCUGUCUCAAUAUACCGCCUCGGUAAAGCUGUCCCUGGGAAAAGUCGCCUGCUGAAGGUUGUGAUGCCGAGAAGUUGGGAUCAGCAGACUCUACUAGCAAGGGCGCCAAAACUUCGAUAUUUCCAGUGUGGAACAACACCUGUAUACGUAAGAGCGUCACUCACAAAAACUCAAAGAGAAGAAUUGAGAAACAAGCAGAAAGCAAAGAUAAAUGACCCGGUUACCUCUAAUGUUAAGAAUAAUUAUAAUACUCCUCAUUCUUCCCAUCCCCCUAGUUCCCCUCCCCCUUCUUCUGUACCCCAACAACUAGUAGAGAAUAUGGACACGGGAAACUAG